AGCUCUUUCGUAAUGUAAAAAAGUAAAAAAAAAAAAGGUCUUGGCUGAGUUUGAGCAAUAAGACACAUUUAUCCUACUUACAGCCAAUAGUUAGUCCGUUUUAAGAGCAACUCUCAUGCAUGCUCAGACACUACAUCUGUUAAUUUUAUUUUGUGAAAUCUUCUGGUUAACAGGUUAACAGUCUAAUAUAUUACUGAGAUGAAACAACAGGAAAUUGGCAGAAAUAAAAACUAAAUUCUGCUGCAGGACAUUUUGCUGUUGGUAGGUGAAAAAUGAUAUUUUGUAUAAUACCACUGACAAGUACAGACAGUGAAGAUACUUGAUAUUGAAGACUGUGAUUAGACAGUGAGUUUGUUUUGUGUCCCUGACAAAAAUGUCAGUUAUAUAAUAUUUCAAUAUUAUUUAUUAUACUGCAGCAUCCUGGCAGAGAUCAUACUGCAUCUUUUGAAGCAUUAUUUGUAAGAAGGCCAUUAACAAAGGAAGUCAGACCUUUUCAGUCUUUAAGAGCAAGAUGGAUGGCUUCAGAUGAUGGAAUGGCAGCACAGUGACCCUCCAGGUGAAGAGUAGAAGCAAAUCUACCUAUAAGUGCAGCACAUCUGUGGGAAUGUCAGUGACAGUGCUGUCUAUCCCAACAAUAUUUGAUUCCAUUUGAAUGCCACAAAUGUCUUCUGGUGUUGAAUUACUCUUAACAAAUGGAAACAUAUAAAUGACCCUAAAAUUUGACUAAUUGUGUAAAUUGCAGUAAAAAUAUGUUUUAAAAUGGGGGGGGGGAAGCGAAGUUGGAUUUUUUAACUGCCAAUCUACCGAUCCACAUCCUGUCCAGUAGGUGGCGGUAAUGAGCGCACAAGCUGACUCGCCAACUGUCUAAUUCAAAAAAAAAAAAAAAAGAAAAGAAAAAAAAGAAAAAGAAACGAAGAAGAAGUGUGUGCAGUAGUAAAAGAUUUAAAACUAAGAAUUAAUGUGUAUUUAAUAUUACCUAACUGGUGUGCGCGUUUAGAUCUUUUAACCACAUUUGAGUCUGUCUUUAUUAAUGUUUGUUGGUACUGAAGUUGCUGCGGAUACAAUUAAGUUACUAUGAGAACUAUGCUGUUUUCGAGAGGUUUCGGUUAAGCCAGGUUAGCAUGCUAGCUGGGUCCGAGUGUGUGCCUCUGAAUAUGUGCAGACUAAAUGUCUACUAGACGGGCUCUGGUGCAGUGUGUUGUGUUGUCGCUGCAAGAUGCCUGUGUGUUUUAUCCGUGCUGUAAGUGCUGCUUCUCCAAGAUCGAUGCUGAACAACAGGACACAACAAGAUUCAGAUGCUCCAGGUGUGGAUACAGCUGUGUGAGGGAACAGGUCGAUUACAGAUAUCGGCUCUCACUGAGGGUGGCCCGGGACCCAUGCAUAUUUGGAGUAACAGUCUUUGGAACAUGCUUGAACCCAUUCUUUGGCAUCCAUGCAAGUGGAAUACAGAGGUUGGUGAACAGCUCGGAUGAACCAGUUGGAGCAGCAAUCAGAUCCACGUUGUUGGUCAAGGCUGUCAAGGAUUGUUUCAUUGGCAGACAUUUCAUCUUUGGCAUCAAGGUAACUGGAACAGAAUGUGGACACUGGUUAGGGGGACGUGGUGUGAAUGGCUCCAGCAGUAAAGGCACAGUCCAGUUUAUUGCCAGUCAGAUGAUUCUCCCCAAAGCCCCAGGCCUGGGAGGCUGCACAGUGGUCAGUUAUUAUCAGGCCCUUCUUCAGAAAGCUGCCUCCGGACAGGUAGCAACAACCCUGCUGCAGAUUCCUCAUCAUUCUCCAGCCAGCAGCUUCAGUAUCACCACACUUUCUGCACUAGGUCGUCUUCCACAGUCACUGCAAAGGUCACAGCACCAAGACUGCACCCUUACUCCCACCCCUCCAUGGCAACAGUCACUUGGACUAGUUGAUUCAUCAGCGGAGCAGGAGGAAGGCUGCAGUGCCCAGGUCAGUGGAGAUGAAAAUAACAGACAGGCAGACAACUACAAAACGCCAGCUCACGCUCAGAGGGCCAACCUGGAAAGCAGUAAAGUCACCGAAGCGAGACUACUGUCACCUUUUCUUUCUUUAGAGCACUGUUCUUAUUAUAACCUGUCCUUUGACCAAAACUCAUCCUCAUCUAUUGAGAAGGCUGUUGCAGGCACCCCCACCCUGAACUCUUGGUGCAGUCCCUUACAGCCUGUCCACAAAAAUGAUUUAUCACUCAGCUUCAAGACAAAGGGGGUUUCUCCCUGGCAACUUACCAGAGCAUUUGGGCCAAACUCCUUGGCUUGGGAUGACGUGCCUUUCUCUGAGAGUCUUACUGAAUUUUUGUGCAAAGAGAAAGAUUUUGACAGUGUUAUUGAAACUGAGCCGCAUUUAAAUUUGCUAAAUCAGAAAGAAACAGCAAGAAACAACCUGGAAAUCAGAUUACAAGAAAAGAACUUAUCAACAGAAUCAACUUGUGUUUGUCAAAGUAACACACAGACGACAGAAAGUUGGUCCCGGAUAUUAAUGGAUAUCACUAAUGCACCAAAUAAUGGAAGUGACAGAUGUGAUUUAUCUAACCAGGUCUGUAAGAAUCCUGCUGGAUGCGUAAACAAGAGUGAAGCCACAAUCAUUUGUUCCCAUGAGUGUAAUCAGGAUGCUGAGGAAGACGAAGAUAAUGAGCAUGAAGGGGACACUUAUGACUGUUCGGCAGACCUAUUCAGUAGCUCACCCACAAUCAAUAUAAACACAGAGAUGCUCAACACUCACGCAGAAACUAUCAGGACAACUGCAGCAGCUUGGCCACAGGUUCCUAGUCCACACAAACAGGAAAGACAAUCCGGUGAAAAAGGCGGCAUCCCACAUUCAGUGCCACACACAGAGAAACUGAGAAGGAAUAAAUGCAUCAACAGAGACAGUUUGACUCCCCCAGUCAUAGAAGAGUGUGGUUUCAUCCCUCCCUCUCAGUCCACACCCAGUGUAAAAUUAGCUGUUGUGUCAGGGUCACGUGCCUCCUCAUACUCCUCCCCAAGGUUCCCCCCGACAUCAGGUGGACUAGGUUCACAACCUUACAGUCAAGAGUUUUGUGCUUUCACUGGAAAUCUGCCUGACCUGGAUAUGAGCAGCAGACGCUGCCUCAGAUUUACAGAGUUUUUGUGCAAGGAAGAAAAAGACUUUGACGGUGUUAGUGAAACACAGAAACAUCUCAAUGUGCACAAUCAGAAAGAAACAGUAAGAAACAACCUGGAAAUCCAACCAGAAGACAAAAACCGAUCAACUGAAUCAACUUGUGUUGUCGGAUGUGUAAACAAGAGUCAGUCCAGAAGCAUUUGUUGCCACGAGUGUCAUCAGGAUGACGAGGAAGCUCGUUGUCAGUCUUUUGAAGAUAAGGAGGAGCAGCUUGAAGGGGACACCUACGAUUGUUCAGCAGACCUGUUCAGUAGCUCACUCACAGAGAUGUAUACAGAAACUGCCAAGAUGACCGCAGAAGCUUGGCCACUGCUUUCCAACACAGAUAAACAGCCCCUGAGGAGUAACAAGGUGAAUGUCCCAAAUUCAACACCACACACACAGAAUCAGAGAAGCAGUAGAUUCAUUAACAGAAACAGUUUGAUUCCACCAGUCAUAGAAGAGUGUGGUUUCAUCCCUCCCUCUCAGUCCACACCCAGUGUAAAAUUAGCUGUUGUGUCACGGUCACCUCCCUCCUCUUACUCCUCCUCGAGGACAUCCAGCAGACGCUGCCGCAGAUUUACCCCAAGCGGGAGGUUCUGGAAACCAGAAAAGUAUCAGCAUCGUCUGCUGGCUCAGCAGCACCUGAAGGUCCACAGAGAGGCUGUAAGCCUGGGGCCAGCAGUGAGGGCCACCCACAAAGGUGACUCCAGUGUUUGUUAUGUGAGUGUGGACAGUGAAGUUCCUCCUACUCCUGUUGCCAAAACACGACCAAGUGUGAAGCUCAGAACAAGAAGGCAGACCGAUCAUAGCCGCACUGAUUUGGAUCCUACUUGGGAGGGACAACAGGGAGAUGGAGUUAGCUGUAAAAGAACGCUGCUGCAUCCAACUGUCACAUCAGCACAGGGAGGUCUAGCACAAACAGGACAUUAUGACAGUGAGAUGGUUGGUGAGGGCAGUCAGGAUAGAUCUGAUGGUUUUCUGCUUUAUGAUGAGAACCAGGCAUUUGAUUGGUCUAGAGAUCUGUUCUCUGACUCGUUCUGACAAUUUACUAAUUGAUCCAGUGCUUACAGUUUGUUUUUUAAAUCUAUAUCAGGAAACCCAAGUAAUGAUAGACCUGCUAAAAUGUAGUAGUGCAGGCACCACUCCCCCAGCUCUGUGCAGAAGGGUCUAAGAAAAGAGCACAUAUAUUAAACACUAAAGACAGAAGAGAGGCUGUUGAAAGGCUCUGCAGAAGCAUCUCCUAUACAUCUGUCACUGUGUAUAAUUAGACACCUCCUCUAAUCAGAGGGCUCAUUUCUAAACAUUUGCAAUAGAUUGUUUUAUACUCAUUAUCUCAAGACCCAGGUUCAACUGCAUGUACAUGAAAGCCUUUGCAUAAGAAUGAUGCUGCGGUGGAGCAACUUCUAAUUAAGGCCCAUGAUUUUGGAAUGAUAUUCAGCAAUCACAACUGAAUGUUCACAUACCUUUAGAGAUUUAUUUUGAAAGGAAGAAUAUCCUGCAGAUGUUUCAGUUUUAAACUGUUGUUGAUUUUCUUGGAAACAUCUCGGUUACUAAAACCUGCACCAGAUGAGCUUUUGGACAUUCAGGUGUGUAAUUUUUACCUUGUCUGAGGUGUUCGAGCUAUACCUGUGCAGGAUGUGCCCAUUAGUAACCAGCACCUCUCUGCUGCUGUAUCCUCACUGUCAUAGGGGGCAACCCUGUACUCUCUUGGUUUUAUAGAGUGACAGUUAAAUGAUAAUGUGUAUGAUUAGGUGUUUAUCUGAUGAAUUUAGUGCUGCUACGCCUAAAGACCAUUAGAAUUUAAAUAUAAAAUUAUCAGCACAGACUUAUUUUUCUUUAUCCGAUUUGAUAAUAGAUAAUAGGAGUGUGAUUUGGAACAAAGGUCUCCAGCUGGAAUUCAGCCGGGGACAUUUUAAUUUCUAAAUAUGAUAUGCAUUAUACCUCCAGGGCCAGCAACCCCUGUCAUCUUUUGAAUGCUCUCCAGUCUAGUUUGAAUCACGCUGACCACUCCUGGCAGCAGAGGUCUGGCCUGCUGGUCUGCUGACACUGUGUGUAUGUGUUUGCAGGAGUGAUAAUGCAGAGGAGUAUGUGGACAGUACUAUGCCAAACAGCUAAGAAUAGCAGCCUGAAAAUAUCAUGACUACAAUGUUCUGGAUCUCUGAGUAAAGGAGAGAGAGAAAGAGAGAGCGUGAUGAAGGUGAUGGUUCUGUGUAAAAAUGGAACUGGGACGGGAUGUAACCAGCUGGAGCUUGUAGAGUAUGUGAGGUCUGUGUAGAUGUUACAGUAUAUUAUUUAGAUCGUCUUAUUUACUUGAAGUGACAUGUUCCAUUUUUAGUAUCAGACCACUAACACUGAGGAACACAUGAAAACUACUGUGCCUAAAAGCUCUUUUUGGCACGUUCUAGGCACAGUGAAGUCAGUCAGUCAGUUGGUCCAUCCCUCAAAAUAUCUAAAGGACUGUAAGGUGGAUUUUUGUGAAAUUUUGCACACAUGUUCAUGAUCCCAGAGGAUGUACAAACAGGCAACAAACAAAAUGACAAUCCAACAUAAAGCGUCCCAGUGAGGUGCUGGGCCACCACGUGCCACCAGAACAGCUUCACCUUGGCAUCGACUCUCCAGGUCUCUGAACUCUCCUGGAGGGAUUAACACUGAUUAACACUGAUAACAGUUGUUCCCUCAUGUGGUGUUUUUGAUGACGGUGGUGGAGACACUGUCUAACACGUCACUCCAACAUCUCCCAUAGCUG